GCUCUCUCCUUGUCAGUCCGUCCCGGAGGACGCCGCCAGAGGUGGCGGGCGGCGGGGUGGGGCGGGAGGCCGCGCCAGCGGCAGUUCCUCGACGCGCGCGCCCGACCGCGCACCCUAGGCGCGCGCCGCUCUCGAGUCGGAGGCUGCUGCGGCGGGCGAGGGGUGGAGCGGCGACGGGCGGAGGCUGCGCGUGUGGCUGUGGCGCGGGGAGGAGCAGGACGGGCCCAACCCGUACGCCGGCAUGCUGGCGUGGUCCGACUACGUGGUCGUGACGGCGGACUCGGUGUCGAUGGCGAGUGAGGCGGCGGCGGCUGGCAAGCUCGUGUACGUCGCUUCGGCUGAGGAGUGCACCGGUCGCGCCUCGCCGCCCACGCCCCCCCUUUUCCCCCCCUCCCCACGGU